AUGGCCUCAGCGACAAAUUCUGCCAAUGACGCCGGCGCAUCCGAGCCACCUGCGAAGCGAGCCCGCGUCGACACCGGAGGUGGACGCGAGUCUACUCCAUACGACGGAACCACUCAGCGUGUCUCGGACAACCAGCAAUUGGGUGGGGCUAUCUCAGACGACGAAGAGGAGGAGGAGCUGGGGAGAAGGAGACGCAAAGCCGCCGAGCCAUCCCAGCCGUCUGACAUGUACCUUGAUACCAUCAACAGAGCCGUCCUGGACUUUGAUUUUGAGAAAGUGUGCUCUGUAUCACUGUCUAAUAUCAACAUAUACGGGUGCCUCGUCUGUGGAAAGUACUUCCAGGGGCGAGGGCGAAACUCUUGUGCUUACGCACACGCGAUACACGACGACCACCACGUCUUCAUUAAUCUUGAAAGUACCAAGGUCUAUGUAUUGCCGGAUGGAUACCUAGUCUCCGACCCAUCGCUUGAAGACAUCGCCUUUGUGCUUGCGCCUACCUUCACACCAGCAACCGUGCGUGGCCUCUCAACGCCGUCGCAUAUUCAGAAACCGUCAUACGACCUCUCGUCGAAACCGUACAUACCGGGGUACAUAGGCCUCAACAACAUCAAGCGCAAUGAUCAUAUGAACGUGAUCAUUCACGCCUUACUCCACGUAUCUCCAUUGCGCAACUACUUACUACUCUCAAACAUGCGCGGCAAGGAGCCGGAACUGCUGAAACGUUUUGCGGGAUUGGCAAAGAAGAUAUGGAACCCCCGUUUGUUCAAGAGUCAAGUCAGCCCGCACGAGUUCUUGCAAGAAGUCGGCAGAGCAAGUGCGGGUAAAUUUACUCUUGAGAAACAGGGUGAUCCAGUCGAGUUCCUAGGUUGGCUGCUGAACCACCUCCAUAAAGAUUUGGGUGGAACGAAGAAGAAACGAUCAAGCGCUAUAUUCUCUGCGUUUCAAGGCCAGGUACGAAUGGAGACACAACAAGUCGUGGUGCGCCCCGACCUCGGGGACAAUGAGAAACCCCGAUUCGAUAUCGACCGAGAGAUCAAAUCCACUGUGUCUCCAUUCCUAUUUUUGGCCGUCGAUUUACCGCCACCGCCGUUAUUCCAGGAUGCGAUCGAGAAGAAUAUCAUUCCUCAGGUCGGCAUUCACUCGGUCCUUGCAAAGUAUGAUGGUCGCACUACGCAGGAAUCCGCAGGUCAACUGCGACGUUUCAAGUGUCAAGAGCUACCGCCAUAUAUCAUCUUGCAUUUCAAGCGCUUCACCAAGAACAUGUUCGUGGAAGAGAAAAACCCCACAAUCGUAAAUUUCCCUCUCCGAGGACUUGACUUUCGAGAGUACUUGGAUGCGCCUCCAUCUCACCCAUCCACUCUGUACGACCUCAUAGCAAACGUCACGCAUGAGUCGGCUGCUGGCACAACUCAUGACAAGGAGAGCACCGUGUGGAAAGUCCAUCUACGCGCCGGUGCAGGGGGCGGCGACAACGAGAAAUGGUUUUUGAUUCAGGAUCUAAUCGUCGAGGAGAUCAGGAAGGAGAUGAUCUUCCUGGGUGAGACAGUGCUACAGAUCUGGGAGCGAAGAUCGGAACCCCGCUUGUCCAAUGUCGAGCGCGGACAAAACGGGGGUAAGAUGGACGUUGACAAGCCGUAG